GAAGGCGGCACCGAAAGUUGCAGAACCAGAGCAGCUAUGCUUCUGCGGACACUGCUUCUUCGUUCGGAGGUCUUGAUGUACGUGUGCGAUUCGGCAGACCGAUUCUACUCAGUGGCCAAGUCCUUGACCCGGGCAAUGGAGUUCGUCGCGCGAAGCUCUUCAACAAUACUGUUCUCACCACUGGUGGCAUGCUAUGGGUGCUUAAUCCAAAAUCAGCGCGCCAGGCGGGUGUUGUCCCAAUGUUUGCCUGCGUCUUUGCAAGAAGAUCCCAUGAUUGAUCCAGUACUGCUUCGUCUUCCCCUGGUUCUUCGCAACGUUUUGGCUGAGGACCAAGAGACCCGACGUGUACUGGCCACAUUCUUGCAGGAUGUGAAGAUGGAGCAAGGUCGAGACUGGCAUGAUAUCUCUCCUCGGAAGCGGGAACCACCGACACGUUUGUGGCCUUUUUGA